GCAAAUUGUAAAUUUAUAUUAAAAAGAAUGGGAAAAUUUUCUUGCUGUACAUUUUUUUUUGUUUUCAUAAAUUUUGUUUAUGCAAAACAAAUAGCAAUUCAAAAUAAUGCAGAAAGUUUUAAUUCUAAUAAUUUAACAACAUCGGACGAUGAUUUUUUAGAAAUAGUGUAUCCUCAGAUUUUAAUUAUCACAGAUCGCAAAUUUCGUUCAUUUUUUGCAAAUGAGGCAGAAGUAUCAAAAUAUAUUUCUACAUACUGGCAGGCAGUUAACGAAGUUUAUAGUAAUUUAACUAAACCUCAAGUUGCUUUAAAUAUUGCGGGUAUUGUUCAGAUGGAUGAUUUUGCAAAGCAUAAUAUUUUUUUGACAAAGAGUAGAAAAAAAAUAUUCCAACAUUUCAAUCCACUGAAUUUAGAGUUUGACGUAGCAGUAAUAAUGUCAGGAGAAGAUGUUUGGAAUAGUUGGUUACCAGGCACUUUAGGUUUUUCUAUAAAUAAUUCUGCCUGCGAUUUUCCGAAUAAUUUAGCAGUUGUAAAUGAUAAUGGCCAGUAUAAAACAAUAAUUGUUGCUGCUCAUGAAUUAGCUCACACAUUUUCUGCUCAACACGACUGUAAUGUAAAUGAAGAAAACGUUAUGUCUGUUUUAUUUUCUGGAAGUGAUGAUUCAAAGGAAUUUUCAAUAUGCAAUCAACUGAAAAUGCAACAGUUUUUCAAUUCGAAGAAUGCUUCAUGCCUACUUAAUAAACCAUUUUAAAGAAGAAACAACUCUAUAAAUAAUUAAAUUAAAACUAUUUUGACUAUGUAUUAAAACUAUUUUGAGAGAUUUAUUAAAAAGAAGAACAAAACUAAUAA